AGGCUUUCCUUGCUCGAACAUUAAUGUCACAUCGAGCCAAGCCGGCGUUGCAGUUGCUCCCUAGCAAGUUCAAAGGCGAAGAUCGCGCGGGACCGGCUUUCAUCUUCCUUUUUAAGAGGAUAGCGGGAGAAAACUAAAAUGGUGUGGAUUUGCGGACGUAAUAAACCGAGCCAAAAGCUGGUACACAAAGAAGAAAGAACUUCACUGAAACAAAAGAUCUGCUAUGGAGUAGGGCAUGUAUUCAACGAUCUUUGUAUUCAAGCGUGGUUUACCUAUCUUAUAAUCUUUUUCAACAAAAUCGUGAAAAUCUCCGCUAAGGGAACUGGUCUAAUUUUUCUCGCUUCUCAAAUUGCGGAUGCGAUUUCCACUCCGUUUAUCGGUUAUGGUUGCGACAAGAGUCUCUCGAAGAAAAUCACCAAGAAAUACGGCAAUAGAAAGAUCUGGCACUUAUUCGGUAGUGUUGGAAUCGCGCUGAUCUGGCCGUUUGUGUUCAGCCCGUGUUUAGCUUGUAACGAGGAUAGCCCUGACUGGGUUCCGGUGGCAUACUAUGGAGCCUUCGCAGCUCUAUUCAGUGUUUGUUGGCCUAUGGUGGAGAUAAGUCAUUUGUCUCUAAUGCCUCAUGUUGCCAAACGGCCGAAAGAUGCUGUAGAGUUGAGCGCUAUAAGGUAAGUACAUGUGAAAUUCUAGGGGCAAAAAGUUGCUCGCAAAAAGCAGCAGGAUUACUAGGAUUUUCAUCGUAGGUGGUGUUACAUGAUGCGAUAUUGUUUGUCUGGCUUUUUUCCAAGCGUCAUUGUCACUCGUGUUCGUUACACGAAAAAAUAUUUUUUUCAUCAAGGCCUACUCGAGGUUUUUUAAACAAACAUUGUUGCUGGCAUUUCACACGUUAUGGGGGAAAUCUUAAAAAGCCUUAGAAAGAAAUAUGUACUAAGUAAUUCCUUCUUUCAUUUCACUGAUUUUGACCGCGCGGUGGUUCAAAAUUAUAUUUGUCGUUAUUGCAUCAUCUACCGUCGGUAGGUUUUCCUUUUGCUUAGCCACCGAGCGGAAAAAGGAAACAAUGGAUUCAGGUGAUCGAACGCAGAUGUCUUGUGACUUCCGAAUGAUUUUAAUUUGAAAAGAAAUGAAACUUGUUUUCAGGGGUACUAAAUAUGCCUUUUACAUCCUCUGAAAUACGCGAUCCAUCGUUCUUCGCUUUCGAUUUCCAUGCGAAAUAUUUUGUACAUGUUGUUCACAUCUAAACGUAGUACUUUGAACUUAAAGCUAAUAUACAUAAUGCAACCUUCGGAACAGAUAACAAUUCUCGGCUCAUUGGGCAACUAAGGAAAAUAUAAUUCCGCUUCUUACUGGGCAGUGAUGCUGUUAGACUUUAAUUUACAAAUUCAAAUCCUCUAAAAUUUAUUUCAGUAAUAUAAAUUCACAUAGCAUAAGUUUUUUCUGAUCGUGCACGAGGCUUUCAAGUUUGGUCAUUAAAAAUACAUCGAAAGCGUGUUUCAAAGGUAAAUAUGUUUACCUGGGUUUAAGCACCUCAUGAGCCCUUCAUUCAUAUUCAAAAUUAUUCAGUAAAGUUUUUUCGUUUUUAAAACGCUUAGUUGUUUUGCUCAGUACAGCUUCCUAGGAGCCUUCAUGUUACGUUUCCGCUCAAUCAGGGAAAAUUCAUGACAGCAGAUAAUCUAAACGCGUUGAAAUCGGAAGAACGACAGGAUUAUAAAUGAUGAUCACCAUUUUUUUUUUUUUUGCAUCAUGUAACUAAGUGACCUUUGUCGGUCGUGAGAAUAAUAUCGUGUUGUUCCAGAUUAACACAUGCACGCUUUCGAAAGUAGAGUGAAAUCUAGGCCCUCCGGGGUAAAGAAGAACAAGCUAGUUCGGUUCAAUUAAAUUUGGCUGUAAUUUCAUGUGAGUUUCGGGAAAAUGGCGUCAGCCUUUGAAUCACCAAUCUACCGAAUUGGCAUCUUUGCUUAGAUCACUACGCACGAGAAGUAAAUACUUGACACCAGAGGCAAAAUUUGCCGUCGUCGAUAAGCGCAUAAUUAGAAAGAGCGUCCUAACAUCUGUGUGCGUUCGAUUAUUUCUUCAAGGUUUAUAGAUAUGGGUCUCUUUAUCGUAUGCGCCAAUUUGUUCUUCGUGAGCGAAGUUUCAACAAUAAGGUUGAAUGAGGUUUUGUGCAUGCUAUUCAAAAGUUAGAAAGGCAAACUAUUUUCAUUUAUUACUAUAAUUUUCUUAAUUGAAUUGCAAAAUGCUUAGGAAUUAAUGUGUUAAUCCUUGUUCUUAAAAGAUGAAAGGCCCUUUAUUCCUUAGCUGCGCCAGUUUAAUAAUGAUCAACCUUAACAUAAUUCCCCCUUUUCCUAGUGAAACUGUGUUUUACGUCAUGUUAGUCAUCAAGUGAGAUGAUUAUGUCACCCUCAAUGCAGUUUCUGUGCUAUUUGCCGUGACGUAGAGUGCCGAAAUUACCUCCAAGUAACGCAUGUAAAUACCUCUCUGUCUUAUCGACUCCAGAAUAUUUCAUUUCAGUCGAUAGACUGAAUGGGUCAUGGUUUAUAUUUACCCUUUAACUCCCAGAUCAAAUUUGUAAUUCUCCUUACCGUCAACCAUACAAUUCUUAUAAUAUUAGUUCAGAGAAUCUAGAAUCGCAUCAACUUAUUUCCCCCAAAUUGAUAUUUUUCUUUAUUCUCAUCACUUAUCUGGUUAAUGUUGUAUUGAUAUUGUAAGGAGAAAUUCUGUCUUGGUCAGACGUGAGAGUUAAAAGGGUUAAGUCACCUGAUUUACAAUCGAAACAGAAAUAGAACCUAAAAAAAUUAAAUUAAUCGAAUUAGGUAAUCGCUACAUAUUUCAGACUUCGCAUUUUGUCUAAAAAUAUGAGUGCCUCUGAAACCUUAACCUUAAAUGGGAAUCAUCUGUAUCAUCUUAAGACACAAGAAUCUUUCUGUAAUCUUAGUGAUCUUAAUGAUCUUACAUUGAUAUGAUUUACCUCGAGAUCCUCUCUUGGCAAACCUUUCAUGGCGGAGGAGGGGGGGGUGGAAUUCUUUGUAUAACGCCAUUUCCGGAAAUAUCAUUUUCCAAGGUCUGACCUAACUUCGUUGAAACGUUUUCGUUUUGAUUCGUGUCAUGCCUAUGAAUUUCUUAAGUUGUGAAGAGGGAAUUUCCAUGAGAACUUUAUCAAUUGUCCCGUCUCUUUUGUGCUUACGCAUUCUCGACAUUCACGGUAUUUUUAAAACUCGCCUUUUUAGGUGCCGUGUCUGGUUAAUCCACUAACCCACAGACGUAAUAAAUAAGGAACCCUCUUCCCGACAAACAGUCAAUGAGAAACGACAAACUUUUCUGCAAGAGAGGGAUUGUUGAUGAAUUAAUGCACCGAAAUAUUUGAUCUUAAUUUCGAGGAAAGGUAUACCCUGUCAAAGGAGAAUAACGAAAUGGAUCGUAGGGGUUUUAAAUGGAUUAAAUUGCGGUUAUUUUCCCCACGUGAUGGGAAGAAGAACUGCGGAAACACCUCACGGAAACGUUUUGAACUCUAAGUUUAGAAGCAUUUCAAAGGAUUAGAGAAGUUAGUGCGAUUCGUGAUCAAGGCAGCAUUAUUCAUCAGCGCCCUAGCACUUACUGUACGUGCUAAAGCGAGAAAAUUCAAAGAAACAACCGAAACAUACGAAAAUGCGGAAUUUAAUGUCGCUUGAAGGUGUUUGACCGUAAUAAAACCACAAGAGAAAAACCAAAUUAAUUAAAAGUUGUAAAGAAAUUUAGAAUAUUGGUUUUAUCACACGGUAUGAUUUGGGAGGAAAUCCGGAGUCUGUAUACUCUCGGUGACAAGAACCUGACAUCGGAGACGCAUGUUCGUGUCGGAAGCACAUGUACGUGUCGGUAUUAUCAAGUUUUGUUCUGAUCAUGCACUCUUCAUAGGUUGUUAUUUUAAGAAUAUACCAGAAUUCCUUUUCUUUAACUAUUUAAUACCAGCAGGCUACCACCCUCACUGCAAUCGUCAGGUGAUAUUUCCGGAAGGUAUCAGUUUAUUUGGUUAGUGAUCCACGAGACACUGAAUUCUUCAAAUUCAAUUCAACACUGUUCUCUUUAUUUGCUGGUGCGUUUUAAGUUUUGUGUACUGUUGACCAUAGGGGGAUAUUGUGCAAAUACUUAAUUAAAGGAAAAAUGCACCAAAAUUUUUUUUGUUCCCAACAGCUCAGUUGGAGAUGAGAGUCUUUAUAGUGUCUCUUUGGUAUGGUCUCAAUCGAUCCCCAUGACAUCCUUAACCCAUUUAAAACCCACGAAACACCAAGACAAUUUCUGCUUACAAUAUCAAGCAGUCAAAUGAUGGAAAUGAAAAAAGGAUUAUUAGUUGAUCCAAUACCAAAUUCUCCGAAGUUACAUCAUAACUAUUAUGUGGCAGACAGUAAGGAGAAUAACUAAUGAGAUCUUGAUAGUGAAAGGGUGAACUGUUCUUUUUCGAGACUCUACUUUCAGUGGUCGCUUUGACAACAGUUCUUUUCGUCAUAUAAUAUCUAAACCCAAAUAGCGUGCUCUUAUAACUGUGAAGUUGCGGUUUGACCGCUAGGCUAGCGUUCUUUGUUUUGAAUCCAGCUGGGCACAAAGGCAGCUACCAGACUUAAAUUAAAUUCUUACGAGAACGCUAGUUGUUCUUGUAAUUUUAAAGGUAUUUCAUGGCUAAAAACGUUUUUCCUUAUGCCCAGUUGAAAAACAAAACAACAUUUUAUGCUUUUCGAGCAUUGACCAACAAUAGAUCAGGCCGUGGUUAUUUGAAGGUUGGAUAAAGACAUCCACCGGAUAGAUUUCCAUCCGGUUGAUAGCGCUGUACGUUUUGUAUACUCUUACCCCUGGGUACUGAUUUAUCCGUUGGAUAGCUUUAUUUGCCCUAUGAACAACUGAGCCCAGGUGUUGAGUCUUUUUCGAUAUUAAAAUAUUCCACCACUUCAUGAUCUAGUCAAGAUUUACCAACCAAGGUUUUUGUGCUAAAAGAGACAGUCUUUUUUUGUUGUUGUUGUUGUCGUUGGCGUCCUUUUCAGUGCUAUUUUUGAUUUUGCUCAUAUUUGUAAAAGAGAUAAACUGGCAUAGCUUAGAAAAAAGUUAUAAAGAGAUGAUCAACCUCACAUUCUUGAUAAGGGGAGGGGGGGGGCGGCAAAAUCCUGAGAAAUUUUAGUUGGGUUGUGGCGUCAAGGCCUUAUAAACCUGUUAAAGACAAAACACUUUUACAAAUUUUGACUCAUUCAGCAGAUCCUAAUUAAAUAUUAAGAUUUUUUUUUGCUCAUGUAGAGUGUGCAUCGCCAACACUAACAACUUCUUAAAGCCUCCUGUCAACGCAUACUCAAGUUAUGAAGGAAGAGCCUUUGAAAGCAGUUGUGGUGAAUAGAAAGAAGUUAACCCUUUUCCUAUGUCCUUUUGUUCUUUCAGAUCUGCACUCAAGCUAGGAUGCGGCGUUUUUGUGUUUGUAGUAACUUGGAUCCUUCUGGGCCAAAACAGUGAAGAAACUGUCAACGAAUCUGCAAAGAAACAAUUUACGGUAAGAACCUGAAAUAAAAUUCAAUUUAAUUAAAUGUCCGAAGUGGUUUUCACUUUCGACGAACAAACACUGGAUAGGUCCGUGUUCCAUGAACAUUAAAAAAAUUGUCUUGUUUCUUGGUUUGUUUGCUUGGUUUGGUUUGUUUUGUUUCUCCAACUCGCUUUUGUUUCAUUUUCAGUAUCAAUCCAUAAUCGUCAUGAUAACUGGAAGCUUUUUCGCUUUUAUUUUCCACUGGGGAGUAGAGGACGUCGAUCAUGGUACAGGUACUCCCAAUUCUAUUCACUUCACUGAGACUUUCGGAAUCCGCACUUCCGGUUAUCAGAUGUGAAAACUAGAGUUUUGACUAUUCGGAUUUCUACGUUUUACGACUGCAGUCUAUUUGUGUAUGUACUGUGUUCUUCCAAAUGAGGUAAUUUAUCUCCAAAGUGAUUUCUCUUUUCAGCGGAAGAUGAAGAAAAUAAAGAACAGUCGCAAAAAUCUUCAGCCGACGCUCCACUGUGUAAGGACUUGGAAAAACAAGCCCUUGAGAUCGAGCUUCAAAAGCAGGAAAGACAGAAACAGGAUGACGUAAAGAAAACCUGGAUGAAAUGGCUUAAAAAUCCUGACUUUUAUAAGGUGAGAGCGUUGGCUCUUUGCUUUGAAUAUCAACGCAGAAAAAGAUUACAUGAAAUUAAAUCGGGGCAUUUUCAACGGUGAACAAAACCCGAAAACAAGUUAAGAGGAAGCGCUCGGUAAUGAAAACGCUUUCAAAGAAAUUAAUACAAAAUCUCUUUUUCGUUAGAAGAAGUCAAAUUAAGAACAUUCCCUCUGGGGACUCUAUCAAGGCCAUGAAAAGUGUUCUCUGUAGAGAGAUUGUGUUGUUAAGUUAUAAACACUUAAAGCUGCAAAUGCGACUUAAGAUUCGUGGCCUGGAUGGAAACCAUUCGUCGUUCGAGACUAGGACCCUUAAUGGUGAUUUUUCGCUGACACCAAGUUUAAACUUAGCUUGUAUUUUUCUCUUUACCUUUGCAGAUUGUUAUAAUAUAUAUGGCGACACAGAAUGUGGUAAAUUUAAAUCAGUCGUACUUUCCUAUGUAUCUAACAGAAACUCUUCACUUCCGAAAGGUAAGAUAAUUGUGAGAUCUGGAUUGUGACUGAGUAAAUUACUGGAAAAGUUUGCCUUAAUCAAGCUGUUCGAAAUAAUUGGAAUGUUACUAACAGUUAGGCACGGUUAGACCAAAAAAAAAAAGGUAACAGAAACAUUAAACUAAGAAAUCUCUUAGGUUUUCUAACCGUUUACCUGAACUAACAGGAAUUCGAAACAGUAUGGGUUAUUUGUUAGGAAAAGCUUACAAAAUGUUUAGGAGGGGAAGGGAUGUGGUUGGGGGUGGGAGGAAGGGUCAUGAUAUAGACUGACUCUCCAUCAAUGAAGUGCAACAAUACUCUUCAUGGCUUGCUUCAUGCUACAAAACGCGGUAGAAACUCUAGUGAAAUAGGUCAUUCAACCAGAGUGCUAGACGUGAGAUUUUGUAAUAAAGUUAACUUUCUGUUUUAUUUUCAAUCAGGAAGCCAUUGCUUACUUUCCAUUAAUGAUCCUCAUCAGCGGAAUCCUCAUGAGCACAGUGAUAAAGAGACUUAACAAGUAUUUCUCGAACAGAGUAAGUUGAUGAGUGAGAUUCUCCUCACUGCUCUUUGUGGAUCGGUAUCAGUACUUUUGGGAGAAUUUGAUUGCCUAUCCCCCGUUCGUUAUCUUUGAGCUGGUCAGAGUUUCUGCUUCCUGACCAUCUCUGCAAUAAUUUGCCUCACUAUCUUUAGAGAGAAUGUAAACCAAGGACGCAAAAGGAGGAACCUUAAAUAUAUUAAUUUAGGACCCCUGGAAACUCUUCGGCGUGGCCUUGGUCUCUAAAUUAUUUCUUCCUAACUCGUUUUUCCAUCCCCCCCUAACUCGUUUUUCCAUCCCCCCGUUCUUAUCAGACCUACAGAUCACAAGGUUUUAGGUUUAUGUCAAAAAAAAAGAUGGUAGGGUCAACUAGAAUGUAUGUACAGCCAAGUAACAUCGCUAAAUCACGGUUUCCACACAGGUUUUGUUUUGUGUUGGUGCAGUCGUUGUCAUUGGCUGUGCCACGUGGUUCUACUUCACGCCUCAGUCAAAGAGACAAAUGAUCUACGCGCCCACAAUCAUCAUGGGCUGUGGAAACUCCAUGAUGCUUGUGACGUCUCUAGCCAUGGUAGCAGAAAUCAUUGGUGACGAUAAAGUAAGUGUGUGAUCUGCCUUUUCUUUCCACCCAGAGCUUCCCGUUUGUACACAUGGCACGACCCCAUUCCGCAAUUCUCUUCGAUUCAGAAACGUGGAUAAUUUGCCUCAGGAAUUUCCGUUGGUGAUUCUUUCUUCUUCAGCCAGGAAAUUGCACCAAUAGUUCUACGUAUUAAAACUUUUAUAUCACCCUGUAUCCCUUUCCGUCCCCGUCAAGCUUUCCACUAUUUUCCAUCCGUCAUCCAUCCUUUCUGGGAUAAACGUAAAGCCCUUGAAGGCCAAUCUGGUGAAUUUUCCCCUUGAUAUCUGGAUGUUUCACCCCAUUAUUAGUACAACCUUAACUACUUUGCUCCAUGAAAUUUUGCAAUUUCGCCCCCACCCUCCUAGUUCGUCCGCAAGAUUAUUAGAUAAGAUCGGAUGGACGUCUUAUAGUCGAUUUAGUGAGGGAGAAGGAGGUGGAGUGGGGGAGGGGGGGGGAGUGAAACAUACAUAAACCUUCUGAAGGGAAAGAGAUGUAAACCUUCGCAUCCAUUCCAACUAGAGAGAAUCACACAUAUUUCUUCCAUGGUGUGUAGCAGUACGUGUUUUUCUGACCUAACCUUUGUUUGCUCUACAGAAAUCUAGUGGUUUUGUGUACGGUGUGUGCGCUCUUAUGGAUAAAGCAUCGCUUGGUUUUAUAGUUCUUGGCCUACAAGAAUAUUAUCCCGAGACACAAGGGUGAGUUGAUUCAUUGGCCUUUUCAGAUGUGAUUUGUAAUACUCCCUUCAAGCAGAUAUAUUCCCUUGAAAACUAGUGAAGAGAAUUUGGUGAUUUAUCAAGAUAACCUCCUGUAUUUAGCACUUGACUCGUUACGUUUCUAUUCGUGGCGCAUGUUUAACAUAGUUUCUGCUAUUUCCAGGAUAUGUGGCGAACCUUGUGCCCAGUACCUCAGAGGCGCCUUCUCGGUAUUCCCUGGGAUUGAAGCGCUGCUUGCUUUCUUGAUUGUAGCUCUUUUGUAUCGUAAACCUCCCACAAACAUUAAACGACGAAUGACAGGUAAGUACAGGGAAUAGAAGUCUUGCAACCAGUGGGCUGCAUCGCAUCUUAACCUUUUCACCAAAGAGUGACUAACAUCUUAUUUUCCCUUGCGAUAUCAUCCCUGAAUCACACAUUAACGUCACAAACAAAUUCUCCUUGUCAGCACCUCAAGAAAUGUAUGGUGAACAGUAUGGAGAAUAUGCAUACUGAUUUUAGGGUGUACAGGGUUAAAGGGUGUUGUGUGAGCUAAAAGCAGUUCUGAAUGAGAGGAGGAGAUUAGCUUUCAUUUAACGUGAAAUGCAUCGUCAAGGAGCAGUUUAAGGCAUUUUCUGUCAUCAAGGGGUAUGUCACAGUGUUCUAUAAUCACGAGUUAUCGUUGACGUGACCAGGAAGGCCAAGAGGGGUGUAACGUUUUAGUACUCUCGUUGGUGACGCCUUUAACCACGUUCAACAACUUUUCGUUUCCACGGGGUACACAUUGAUUGCCAGAAUUUAACGUUCUACACCUCAACAUUAGUACGCAUACUCCACACUGUUCUCUAUACAUUUCUGUAAGUGCUGACAAGGAUAAUUUCUUUCUACGAUUAAGAGCUUCUACAGUUGGUGAUCAUUCCCUUCAUUCUCGAGACCUAAAUGUUUGAUUCAGGGGUGAUAUUGUAAGGAGAAAUUAGCUGCUAAUCACUCUUAGGGUCAAAGGGUUAUGAAUACAAAAUUCUCCUAUAUAAGAGCUGUAUUUCAAAAUUUAGUUUUAUUAAUUUCCUGAUUUUCUCUUUUUUUUUUUUUUCAGUUUUAGAUAAAGACGUGUACACAGAUGAUAUCGACCUAGAACAAUUGCCUUAUCUAAAAGCGACUGAAGUAUAACGCUGCAAUUGACGCUCCAACCAUCCACUUUACUUCCGGUUCACGUGAUCGGACCGUGUUAGAAUAUGAUAAGCUCGUGCAACAAGAAAAGCAGGAAGUGAUUGUGAGUGGCGUAGACGUGGACACAGACGUAGCUCCUUGAUAUUGAAUAACCAGCGAGGGAACUGAGAACUAGUAUUGGAAAAACAUUUGAACUGUCAAUGGUGACUUAUUCGGUUUUUCGUUGUAGAAAAACCAUUUUCAUCGUUAAUCUUCAAAUUCAAAAUUAAGAUUGUUUAAAUAUAUGUAAUGAAGUUUAUUUAUACAGUGCAGAGAACCUAUAACAAAAUAGUGACACCUACUUUCUGUAAGAAAGUAAUUUUUUAGAUUCAAUUAAUCGCUGAUUAUUUAUACCAUGAAAUCAAAAUAAUCACAUACUCGACGUGGUUGGGAAAUUUUUAAACUCUAAGGGCUUUUAAUUAAGGAAAUGCUUACAUCAAUCAAAUAUAAAAUGAUAUAAUUAUUUGUUACUUCAAGCCCUUAUCUCUCGGGAUAUUCAGUUAUAACGAUGUUAUUUGUGUUCGUUUGGUUUUUUUGGCCAUUCCAGCUACCUUUUAUUUUGAAAACACUGUUUUCAGAAAACGUUUCUUAAUAAACUGAAACGGGUUCUUCAACUUUCAGAAUGAAUUAUUUAUUUUAUGACAACUGUCUUUGGUGUAUCACAAUCAUUAUGACUUUGGAAGAGCUUCUCUCUAGUGCUUUAACCCAUUAACUCCCACGAGUGACCAAGACAGAAUUUCUCCUUACAAUACCAAUACAAUAUCAACUAGAAAAGUGACGAGAAUAAAGAAAAAUAUCAAUUUGGUGAUAAUUAGUUGAUCCAAUACUAAAUUCUCUGAAGUAGCGUCAUAAGAAUUGUAUGGUUGACAGUAAGGAGAAUGACAAAUUUUAUCUUGGAGUUAAAGGGUUAAGAAGACGCUAGUUUAACAACAUGUGGUUGGUAGCCACCGCGCUCAAAAAAUCGAACCGGAGCAGUUAGUUGUAAAAUAUAUUAUCAUUAAUUCAUAUCUCGUACUGUUACGGCUUUUUUCCUUUUAAGCUUUUAAACUCUACGAGUGACUAGCAUCUAAUUUCUCCCAACAGUAUCACCGCUGAAUCACACACUAAAGUCAUGAGAAUAAAGGAAAUGAUCAUCAAGAAAAGAUCGUUUUGAUUGGCAAACAAGUUCUCCUUGUCAGAACCUUAGGAAGUGUAUAAAGAGCGGUAUGGAGAAUA